AAUACAUUCUCAUGUUAUAACGUGAAGAUAUUAUAUACAUUAAGGUCACAACUUUCAAUAUCGUGUAAAUGUAAAUUUAACAUAGCAAAGACAGUCAUUUUCAUACAGAAACAUAUCCAAAAGGGGACGGCUAGUUUUUUUUAUAUUCUUUAAAAGAAAAACUAAAGCUAACACUCAACCACAGCAGAAAAAUCUUGUACAACAAUCAAAAAAUGGCUUCAUCCAGUGACACUAUAGUCCUAUAUCACCACACAGACAGCGAUUCAGCAGCACUUAUAAUAAAACAUGGAUACAUCAAAAAAUCAGGAGGAGGACGUGAUGCCGUUUAUGGUGAUGGUGUUUAUCUAACAGAAAUUGGUCCGUCAUCGUCAAGAUCUAUUGUAGCCAAAAACAACUAUGAUGAUAAAAAACGUGGAUGGGAAAAGAAGAUAGAGGAGGGUAAAACGGAGGUUGCGAUAAAGAUAAAAAUAAAGAGGUCAAAGGUCAAAUUGUGCCCUGGAAACAGAAAUGUUUACCUUUACAAGGGCGACCUGUACCUGUCUGAUGUGGAAGAAUGGGAUGUGGUUGAGCGAUAAUAGUUUACAAAUACAUGUAGUUUACCAAUGCUCAAACACUGUAUGCACAAAAUAUUUACAUUUUUAUGCAAAUAUUAUAGUAGAAUGAGGCAAAAAGUGCAUUAUUUACAUUACCCCUCACAGAAAGAGAAACAUCAAUACCCAAUAGCAACACAAUAACAAAAAGUAAGCUCGGACCGACGGACAGACGACGACCUGUAAAUGUUCAAAAUAGGUCACUUUGAACACGUUCUACUUUGAUAAGGUAAAAACGGAUCAGAUAUUUGAGCAAGUAUAUUUCUUCAUCAAAAUAACAACAACUGAACAAUAAAUUGAUACAUAAAUCAAAGGGAUCAGUUUUAAACAUGUACUUUUCAAAUCAAUAUAGAAGAUGAAUUGUCAUUACAGCUUAAUAUGUUAAUGACCUCUAAGGACGUUAGAAAACAAAGCAUCUAUUUCAAUAAAGAUACAUUUCUUUUUCAGAUUUCAUUAUAGCAAUGAAUAUAAACAUGAUAUGGUUUGAAUAAAAGGUAUCGAUUUAUA